AUUAAUGUUUACUUUACAGGGGCUAUUGUCACAUGGAGUGCGGAAGUCGGUAGUUCGCGACGUCCUGGCUUCUUUGGAAUCAAAGUUUCAGAUCACCUGCAGAUUGCAACCCCGUACAAAGGAUGUCAUCAUCAGAAAGAGGGGGGGAAAAUGGACGAUUGAGAUCAAGACGGAACAGAUGGAGAAAGCAGGAAGACCAGGGUGGUGUACCAGGGGACUUUCACUUCACUCAACAACAUCGCAGAACAGCUGAAAGUGACUCAGAAUCUGGUAGAUCAUUUCAUACCCAAGGACAAAGAAGACCACAUAGUGCACACACAACACAACAUACUAAUCGUGAUAGAGUACAGGAAAGCUAUCAACAACAAACUUCAAACCAGAUAACAGCAACUGCUAGUACUAGUAGACAUGAAAAGGACUAUGACAAAGAUACCAGAACACCUGUAAAUGGAUACAGAACUGAUGUCGCAGCUGGCUUUGGUAAUGAACGGCAAAAUAGAAACUUGUGGAGAAAUUCAGGGCAAAGAAACUGUGAUGAUGAAACCAGUAGGAGUAGAACUCAAGGGGGGCAUUAUAACAAUAUGAGAGACAAGAGGAAUUUUAGCAGCAUGGUUGGCAAAGAUUCCUUCAGAGAAAAGAGGCUAAGGAAAGAGCAGAGAAAAAGGAGUCAGCGGGAAGGUGAGGAUGGACAGUCAGGUGAUGCUGUUGCUAGGUUACCUGCAGGAGGAGGGAGAGGUCAGAGGUUACCACCUGCAGCAGCCUCCAGCUGCAGUAGUACUACUAGUGGUGUAGAGGGACAACAGGCUGCGUCUGAGAUUCCAGGUUUUUACUAUGACCCGAAGAAGAAGAAAUACUUCCGCAUCCUGCCGGGACACAAUAACUACAACCCCCUGACUACAGCCCACAUCCAACAGAAACAGCAGGAGGAGACCCGACAAGAACUACUGAAGCAAGACAGGAACAGGACCGUACCAAAGGUUAAAGUCAGGGGCAGCACAAGAACAGUCUCAUGUGGUCCUUGCCUGCUUCUAAAGAGACAGUUUGGACAGUUUUCUUCUCGGCUGUCCCAAAGGUGUGCUGAAGAAAGUUUCCUGGUUGAGAUGGAGAAACAGAAGCUGACGGUUAACCUGUACGACUCCUCAACUCAAGAUACUGUCAACUUCCUCGCACUGGAGCCUGACAGCAGGUGCGAGCGGCUGCUGGCCCUGUCUGAUGCCAGGCGUAUCAGCAGCUGUCAGCUUGAUUUUGUCUCAUUCAUGGCUCUCAACACCCUGGAUUCUAUGCAGAAGUCCUACAUGCAGUACUUCACUCCAGGAAAGGUGACAGGUAUUUGCUGGGCCUCAGUGACAGGACCAGAGUCCCAUGCCCUAUUCUCAGUGUUAGAUGAAGGACCAGACUCUCCGUCCUGUGCACGACUGGUGUGUGCCGAGGUCAUGGCAAACGAACAUCUCAUACCAGGCCCAGGUGGAGCAGGCCUGGUGAGGGGUCGGAACUACGAGGUGAAGUCUGCCUGGACCUGUGCCUGGAACUCCAACCCUGUCUUCUCCAAGUGCUUCAGUGUUGGUGCCAACAACAGCAGUGUUGUGAUUGAUGCCUUUACUGGUCAGAGAGACGUCAUCAACACCAAGAGCGAUGUCUUUGCACAGAAAUUCUGCAGCACUUCUCCUGUGUUACUGAGUGGAACCAGGAGAGGGGAGAUUGUGGGGAGUGACCUGCGGGUGCGUACGCGCUGUCGUGGCACGGCCGUGACGCUCCGACACGAGUCCUCCGUCUGCUGCCUGCGUCUGCUCCAGGACGAGAACUACCUCCUGGCCAGCGACAUGCAGGGCAAGAUAAAACUCUGGGACCUGCGUGUGCAGAGGUGCAUGCUGGACUACCCCGGCCAUGUGAACCAGUACGCCCACCUCCCUGUCAUUGUGGAUUCUCAGGAAAACUUUAUUUUUGCAGUUGGUCAGGACUGUCACACCCGUAUGUGGAACCUGCAUGAUGGACAGCUGCUGAGGACCAUCCCCUCCCUCCACCCCUCCUCCACCUCCCAGACAUCCAGACCUACCAUUGCCUUCUCCUGGGGCUGGGGUGGGGAGGGGGGCACCCCGGGGCUACUCAUGGGCAUCAAGGACGAGUUGUACUGGUACAAGCUUGGACUAUCUGAUUGAAGGAUGAUACAAUGUACAUGAUUGUACAUGUACAAACAAAAGGCAACUUCUCCUGCCUUUGUGGCAUCA